AUGGAAGUUCAUGAAGAUACUUCGCAGAAAUCGCCUGAUGAAAUGGACGAAAACAAGCCUGAGACGCCAGUUACUGGUACUGAUCGAAAAUCCUUGACAUAUUCAAGUUAUUUAAAGGUAGAUAGCUUACUAGAAUUUCAAAAAACACUUACGCCAGUUCAUGAUGAACAUUUAUUUAUUGUUGUGCAUCAAGUAUUCGAAUUAUGGUUCAAGCAGAUAAUAUACGAACUGGAUGCUGUUUGUAAAGCAAUGGAUGUUGAGUGCAUUAACGAUAUUAACUUGCUAGUUAUUACUGUAAGGACAUCCAGAAUCGUAAGAAUUUUGAAGCUGAUGCUUAAACAAUUUACGGUUCUUGAAACUAUACCUGUAACCGAUUUUGAAAAUUUAAGGAAUAUAUUUAAAGGAAGUGAGCUAGACAGAAUUGAGCAAUCCGAAAAAGGCCCAACUUUGUUGCAGUUAGUAGAUAAAGUUGUAGACCCGGACUUGAGGGAAGAAUUAAUAGAGGAAAACAUAAAAACGGCGGAAUUGUUCGAAACUAUUCUAGUUAGAGAAAAACAUGAUGAACUGGUUAAAAAUGACAAUCUCGUCUUAUUAGCCCGUCGCUUUGGAGAUCAAGCCAAAAAUUACGGCUUUUCUGGUUAUCGAUACUUCACGUCUACUUUUAGGAGCCCACAUAAUGCACAUAAUUCUGAAGUAUUUAAAAGUGAUCAAUUUAAAUCGCGAAAAGCGAUACUCGUGUGUCAUCGUUUGAAAUAUUUAAUCUCUAUUGCAUCUGUGAAUUAUCGCUAA